AUGACUGCAGAAAUAACCUCCUCAUGUGCCUACCCUAACUUAACUCCAACGCAAGGAGUGACGUUAUUCCACGCUCAACCACCAACAUUUGCUAAUGAGUCGAGAUUCAAACAUCGGCCCCUCCCUCAACCAUCUCGUCUGCGUUUUGCCUCUUUACCUCCAACAAAACUUCAAAUGACUUCGAGUAGUCAUUCCCAAAAUGUGAUGAUUAUAGCGAUCGGUGGACCGACUUGCUCUGGAAAAACAACGUAUGUAAUGGUGAUCCACUUCAAGAUCUUCUGGAUGGAAUAG